AUGGAAUCAGACCAAGCGCCUCUCACGACGUGUGGAGGUGGGCGAGAGCGCUGCGCGUGCGUGGGCUGCUGCCGCCUUGUCCUUCCACAGGUGGUGCCCCCCCCCCCGCCCCCGCCGUCUCAUUUGGCUCUUCUCCUUGCCCCCUGCUCUCUUUCCACUUCAGGGGCCAGUGACCCCAUUUUAGGUCAUCUGAACUGGCCCGAAGACCUCCCUCCAGACCAGCCUUCUGGUGCCGCCCUCUGCAGUCAGAUGCUGCCCCAGCCCAGCCCAGCUGACCCUUGA